AUGAGGAUCCCGGCGCUCACAGCGGGUAUGCUGCUCGCCGAGCUCACGGGUACUGCUCAACCACCUGCACACCUCAACACCGGCGCCCAGACACUUUCGGACGGAAUUAUCUACCCCAAAGAUACCCACAUUGCGCACAUCGAGCCGCGCUACGUUUCGGGAUUCGUCGCUCCUUCUGGCUACACCUACAGCUGGGUCGUUGAUGGCUAUCGCUUGGCCAUCGACACCAAUGGCAACAAGAACUACCUCACGCGUACGACCAUUUCCAAGGACGCUUCGUCCACGACGCAAGCGCACGUGAAUGCCUGCACCCAGUUUUGCGAAAAGACCCCAACGUGUGCCAUGGCGUCCGUGAUCAGGUUCAAUGGCUUUUCGGAAGGAAAUGUCGUCUGCGCAGUGUAUAGCGCCACGGCGCCAAAGUCCGACGCGGUUUAUACGACGGGCCCGUUCAAUGGUCCCGGUCAGGUCUCGGCGUCGUAUACGUUCAAUAGGAAGGCCGGAAAGGUGCCCGGCACGUUUACAUCGACUGUCACUACGUCGAGCGCGCUGACGACGUCGAGCACAAGACCGGCAACCACUAGCUCGGGAUUCACCACCGUUCGAACGUCCACCUCGACGACUUCCACAUCGAGGUCAACAACGCCUGCCGCUGCCACUAGCUCGACUUCCACAACACCCGCCACUGCCACCAGCUCGUCUUCGUCCUCGGCUACUUCCCCAACAACUUCCUCUACCUCCACAAGCUCCUCUUCGAGCUCGAGCUCGAGCACGGGCACGAGCACAAGCACCAGCGCGAGUGCUUCUGCCACUGCCACAACCACCACCACCACGGCACCCGUCUACGACCAGUGGAUGUGGGUCGACGUGCCCGGCACGCAAUGUGCCGACGGGAGCGCGACCGGAUUUGCGCUCAACCUGCACGCGGGCGCGAGCGAGCUCGUCAUCUCGUACCAGCAGGGCGGGAGCUGCUACGACUACAACUCGUGCUACGUGCAAAAGACGGCGUACAACAUCGAUUCGGGCUUUUCCAACGCGACGUUCUGGGCGCAGAAUCAGCCCAACACGCUCAAGUGGUGGUUCCCCUUUGCACGCGACAACCAGUGGAACCCGUGGCAGAAGGCCAACUAUGCCUGGAUCCCGUACUGUACAGGAGACUGGCAUGCGGGCGAUAACACGGUGCUCUACCCCGGUGCCUCCUCCGCCACCAAUCACCGCGGCUGGGGCAAUGCCAAGUUGGACAUGGCCAGGAUCAAGCAGAUGGUUCCGACGCCUUCGCGGGUAUGGCUGGCGGGGUCGAGUGCCGGUGCCUUCGGUGCGAUUCUACAGUACCAGAAUGCACAGAACAUCUUCAGCGGGACUCGAGUGGAUUUGUUGGCGGAUUCGGGCGAGACGCCCAAGUCGGCCCUAGCAAGACCCUCGCAGAACAUCCAAACCCCGCAAUGCCCCACGUGCGACGACACCAGUUUCGACUCGUACAUCGUCGGACUCGCCAAAGCCAACACCGGCUCGAGAUUCGCAAGCAUGAGCUGGAGUAACGAUACCACGAUCCCCGUGAACCAGGGCGUGAGCUACGACGACUUUAGCCUCGAAGUGGCAAGGCUGUUCAAGCAGCAGAACGCCGAGACUUCGAACUCGCGCAACUUUAUGGUGCAGGGGAGCGGACACAUGCUGCUGUGGACAACGCAGUACAAUGCGGCCGAUGGAUACACCCAGGCGACGUUCCUCAACAAGUUCAAGACCGACGAUCCCGGCUGGUCGUCCCACUAG